UACUUCUGGUUGCUGACAUAUGGACUGCUGAUGUAUCUCAAGAGUUACCACUGAUCCAAAAAAAAACAAAAUGAGUGAGCAAAGAGAAGAUGAAAUUAGCAACGAUGCCUCUUUUCCAGAGGAUAGGAAUGACACUGCUGUUCUAAGCGGGAAGGAUGAACCUCAGAAACCCCAGAGAAUGUUACUUCUGUGGUAUAAGAAGUCUCACUGGAUUAUUAGCAUCUUGCUAGCUCUUCAGCACACCAUAGUCCUAACCAUCCUUCUGCAUAGCUCUCAUUCUUUGCUGAUCCAGAAGCUGCCACCAGAGAAAGUGGACCAGAUCCAGAACAAGAGCAAACAUCAGUUUAUGGCCACCAGCUUUUUUGCAUCUGGAAUUGCCACCAUCCUACAGACUACAUUAGGAAGCAGAUUGCCUUUGGUGCAAGCUGCUUCAUUUGAAUUCCUGAUGCCUGCAGUACUUCUCAUUUCAAACUCUUAUGACAGCUUGCUAGAAACUGACAAUGGUACCAGUGUGAUGCCUCAAGUGCACAUGAGCCAAAUCAACAUGACAGAUGGAAAGUGGAUACAGCCAAUCAAAGAGAUAUAUGGUGAGCAACAAACUCACGUGCAUGAUAAAGAGAGAAAAGAGUUCUUACAGAAAAUUAAUUUUCCCAAUAUUGACAAGGAUUCUCAUGGAGAAUUAACUGCAUUGACUACAGUCGAGGAAGUUUUAGAGGCAAUUAAGAAAUUAAAGCCCUAUAAAACCCCAGGACCAGAUGCUGUUUUUGAUGCUGCUACUUAUUUUUUUGUAUUUCAUGUUUUGACUCAGGUCAAUGGAGCUAUACUGGUUGGAGGGAUACUGCAAAUAAUCCUAGGAAUAUCUGGUAUUUAUGGAAUUAUAUCCCAGCAUUGUGGUCCCAUGGUCCUUGCACCUUUGCUUACUAUUACUGGGUUGUCCACAUACCUGACAGCAUCAUAUUUCAGCUCUGCAAACUGGGGACUGUCUGCACUAAUUGUGCUUCUGAUUGCCUUUCUGUCUCAGUAUCUUCAGUCCUGUUAUGUGCCUGUCUGGAGAUGGAGAAAAUCAGAAGGAUUUACAGUAUCUGCUUACUGUCCUGCAUUUCGAAUCUUCUCGGUGCUAUUACCAGUCUUGGCUAUUUGGAGCAUAUGUGUCAUUCUGGAGAAGAAUGAUGUAAGUGUAGAACUUUUACCAGAGAAAAUGGAGCCUCUGUGGAGAAAUUUCAGCACCUUUAAAAAACCCUGGAUCAAAGUCCCAUAUCCAGGUGAAUGGGGCUGGCCUAUUCUAAAUUCCCGCUCGCUCUGUGUUGGCAUAGGAAUGGCAGUGACUGCUACUGUGAACACACUGGGCUGUUACAUGAUAUGUGCCCGUGUUCUGCAUUCUAAACCUCCACCAAGGUCGGCUUAUAAUCGAGGAAUCUGCAUGGAAGGCCUUGGAAGUAUCAUAUCUGGCAUUUUAGGAAGUGUGUAUGGUACCGCUGCCAGCAUUCCAAAUGCAUGCACUCAUGGGCUCACUCAGGCUGGUUGCCGUCAUGCAGUGCAAGUAACUGGUGUCAUCUGUAUUUUGCUUGGAGUAUCACCAAGGCUUACUGAGUUCCUUUCUACACUGCCAAUAUCUGUGCAUGGUGGGCUUCUCAGCAUUUUAUACAGCAUUGCAGUGGCAACUGGAAUCUCCUACUUUCAGUAUACAGACAUUGACUCCGGGAGGAAUAUUUUCAUUGUAGGAUUCACCACAUUCAUGGCACUGUUAGUUCCACGCUGGCUGAAUGGAAAUCCGGGUCAUCUCAGUACAGGGUGGCUCGGUUUAGAUUUUCUGAUUUUGUCUCUGCUUACCACGCCCAUGGUUCUUGGAGGAGUUUUAUCAUUUCUGUUGGAAAACACAGUUCCAGGUACACUUGAGGAACGAGGACUUCUGGCCAACAUCUCAGACUUCACUUCAGGAACUCAAGCUGCUCACCACUCUCAGUCAGACAGUCUAUAUAAGUUGCCACCAUACUUAAGAAAAUUGUGCGGAUGCGAGAGGGUUAAAACAGCUCCACUUUGUGCUCACUGGCUUUUUGUGGAUUAUUCUUCAAAAGAAGAGAUACGAGAAGAGGGACUUCCAGAGGAAAGAACAGAUUUGCUGCUACUUUCACAGCCACAUUCACAGGACAUGAAAACAGUUAGAAUAAAUAACAAUGAGCAAUCUGUUCUCAGCAUUUCAGACUGCUAAUAGAUAAAUCUUAGUCAGACAGACAUUCCAAAAGCACAUUCCUAGGUUUUGCUGGGACAAACCCUUAGACUUCUAACUUUGCUUUAGAUUGUGCACACCACUUCUGAAGGUUCCUCAAAGGACAUGUCUUCUAAAAAAAAAAAAAAAAUCUGCCUCUCAUAAUGCUGUGCCCCACUUGUAUACUGCUCAUUUCAGACUAACAAAUUAAUCUGUUCCAGACAUAUGCUGACUACAUACUGGUUUGCACUGCUAAUAAGGAUUCAAGGUCAUUACUGCAUGAAGCAGAAGAAAAUAAUUUACAACCACAAUGAAAAAUGUGAUAUGUUCUAGAUAUGCUUCUUUAAGUAUAAUUGCAUUUACCAUCAGUCUGUCUUAUCUAUAAAAUGAUGAAAUGCUGGUUAUAUUCUUACAAUUAACCGAGUAAGCACAUUGUUCUUUUAUUUCCUCCUUUGAUCAUUCUGACUAGUUCCCAAAAAUGUACUGACCCUCAGGUUUUCCCUAUGAAGCCAUGAAAAAGCUACCUUCUCAGCUUCUAUCUUAAAGAUUAUUGUGGUAAGUGGAACUCAGUCCUUAGUAUGGGACCAAGAAAGUACUAAAAAUCUCUGCUUUUUCACUUGCGGUUCCUAUAUAGUGGAGAAGUUACUGUAUGAAUGUUCACCUCCUCAUCUUCACUCUUGUCAGUUUCUGCCUUUUCCAAUUAAAGACUCUGGUCAUUUCUCAAAUCCGAGUACUACAGCAGCAGUUAGUAAGAAAGUAUUGCAUCCAUUUUUGCAUCACUGGUCAACAUGACCCAAGAUAGGGCAAAUAUUACAUGGAUUAAGAUUAUGCCACAGAAGAAUCAGAAGGCAACACCUGGCUUACGCUUCAGUUUACAUGCAAGGUAUUAUACUAUCGAUCCUGUUGUGAUAUAUUACUAAUGGCUUGAUGUUUAGGCAAACUCUUGUCAGUUUAUUUAGGUUGUGAUGGUCAUAUUGGGCUUGAUGACAACUGUUAUGACUAUUUCUCUACAUACUUGCAUGAUAUAGCCCACCACUCACAUUAACGUAUUUAUAAUUCCCCCAGUAAUCCAUUUCCAAAUAUCUGUGUUUUACAAUGCACCAUACUUGCUGAAGUGUAACUUCUGCAACUUGCCAAUUUAUUCAUAAAAUAUAUACUUAGAUUAUAUGUAUAAUAAUGUUUCAUAGACUAUGGAAUGCAUUAACAUUUUAUAGACAUAAAAUACACAAAUAUUGCCAUAUCAUUAGUAUUAUUCAUUAAUACUCAAGAAAGCACAAACACCAAACCAUGAUAGUUAUAAUGUAUACACUUGAUAGUACUACACAAUAUAUAAUAAAUCAUGAAACAGCAAGUAGUAAUGUACUAUCUUUAUAGGAGAACCAUUAUCAAUGUACUGUAUGUAACAUCAAAGUUUUAACCAUACAGAAGUGCGCUCAUACAGAUGACGCUUACAAAAAAUACGCUGCAGUAAGUUUACCCGAAACAGUUUCUACUCAACAACAUGCCUUUGAAUGUUUACCAUUCUUUUACAGUUUACAUACUUCUGUGAGAACACUUAACAUAACACAUGACUUUUUGGAGGGAUGUCACAGUAGUAGCAAAUCACAACACAUGGGCUUGCUCACUGGUGAAGUUUCAGAAAAUCUAUUCCACCUUUCCACAGCUGUAAUCAUAUUUCUGUCUGGAACACAAUCAGUAGUAAAAUUGUCUGCUGUUCAUCCUCCAAAAAAAUUACUCUAGCUUCAACCCACAUUGUUUUUCUGAGCAGAAGACAAUAUGCGCAUGUCUAGUGACAAAAUAAAUCAUGAAACAGCAAGUAGUAAAAAAAAAUAGAUUCACAGUUGAGUAAUAGACUAGGCUGCCUUGUGGACUGUUUUAAGCCUAGCCAGUUUCCAUUUCAAGAGUGAGAGUCAAACCAAGUACUUUGUGACUGUGAGGUGAACACCUUAACCAUUAUACUAAAUCUAUCUAUAUCACACACACACA